GGGUUGUUAACUGAAUCCACACUCAAGAGGCAGUUUUGUUGACCCAAGAGUUCAGGCAUUGGCAGCUGUUAUUUUGAAGGGUAAUCCUUGUCACCGGAAGUCUUGCCGUCAGUAACAGCGGUAACUUACCAUGUUAUCAUCAGCCAUGUUUUUAGCAUCUCACAUUAAGCGCUCUGCUUACCGCUCCUAGACAGUCGUGUGUGUUGGUGGAGGCACUGUUAAACUCACACAGAAAAGUAACAUUAGCUCUCAUUUGUUUUUCACCAGCUAGCCUCGUUUAUUGGCUGCCCCUCAGUGCACAGCGUUCAGUUAUGCGCCAUUUAAUUCUCUAGCGUCUUUGCCUGUUGUCUCCAGCAGAAGUCAGCAUGUCGAAUGAUCUGGCUGGUGUGUGGGAGGUGGCCCUGAGUGAUGGAGUCCACAGGAUAGAGUUUGAACACGGCACGACCACCGGGAAGAGGGUCAUCUCCGUGGAUGGGAAGGAGAUCCUCAGACGGGACUGGAUGUUCAAGCUGGUGGGGAAGGAGACGUUCAGCGUGGGCCAGUCGGACACCAAAGCCACCAUCAACAUCGACGCAGUCAGCGGUUUCGCGUACGAGUACACCUUGGAGAUCAACGGGAAGAGCCUGAAGAAGUACAUGGAGAACAGGUCAAAGGUCACCAGCACCUGGGUGCUCAACCUGGACGGCAUCGACUGCAGAGUGGUGCUGGAGAAAGACACAAUGGAUGUGUGGUGUAACGGAGAGAGGAUCGAGACUGCGGGGGAGUUUGUGGAUGACGGCACAGAGACGCACUUUACACUCGGAGACCACAACUGCUGUGUGAAAGCGGUGAGCAGCGGGAAGAGACGAGACGGGAUCAUUCACACGCUGCUCGUAGACGGGACAGAGAUAGCUGAAUGCACAGAGUGACGUUUGCAUUCGUGUGAGAGUGGAAAUCAGGUUUUGUGUUUGCAUCUGUGAAACUGAGUGCGGGCGUGGAUAAAGGACUGUAAUUUAAAGCUGUGGGAGUCAGGGACCAGCUGACAGAAACAAUAAGUCGGUGGCCAUACUUUGCAGGGUUUCUUAGCCACACAUUGGUGACGGUUGUCCUGUAGUUAGUGUAGAAAGAGUAGAAGACAGGACCUGCAGUCUGAACAGCUUUAGAAGAGAAAGCCAUAAAUGUCAGUCACAAAAAAAAAAAAGAUUUACUGUCUCAAAAUGUUCACACUGGGAAAAAAAAUAACUGGGACUUUAUACUGAUAGAAACAGGACCAACCUCUGUUAUAUUACUUACAUAGAAGUCCAGAUGUGCCACAUUUAUCUACUCAGCACGUUGUUAGCGCGGGCAGCUGCUGUUGAGGUUUUUACCGUCUCAGAUGUCAUUAUGAUGAGAACUGCCAGCCACUUUACAAACAGCCCGCCCUCCUGACAAACCCCGGCCUCUCUGCUCGUCACGCCAGCUUUCUUUUAUACGUCAAUAUCGCGCCGUAGGAAGUUUCACACACCAGGGUACGAGAUUAUUCCUUGAAUGUAGCGUCACUCCAGCGCGCACCGGAGCGAUUCCUUGUUUAUGUCGACGUGUUAAAUGGUCUUCGUCGGUAUUACAGUUCCGUGUAAUUAGCUUACUGCUGUAGGUGUGUCAAAACAUUUGAGGGUGCUUUGUCUACAAGUUAUUAGCUGUAACAGUUACAUAGACAAUCAUUCCCAUGUGACAAUAUUGCCAGUGAUAAAUACACAAAUACAUGCUGAUAUCCAGUCGUACUUUCUCUUGUGUUUAGAGGUGUGCUUUUCUUUUUUUUUUUUUUUCAUUUUAAGGUCAGAUAUUAUGGUUACACAUAUUUUUGUAAAGUAAUGGUUACAAAUUAAAGACGGGACAUUUCCCUGAUGUAUCUCAAA